GUGAGUUUGUUCCUUUCAAUUCUGACGGCCAUGUUUACAAUGUAUGAAGUCUUUCAUUUAGUAGACUGGCAGAGGUGUAUACGUACUGGGUAGUUGUUUCUCUUGUGAGGCUUAUUGAUGUUGAAGCUAAAUUUGAGCCGACUGUGACGGAGAAUCUGAAAGGAGACGGCAUGCGCGUGCACGUAAAUAGUGAUGUUAUAACUGAAGGGCAGGAUGUUUCCACUAACCCAUCAGUUGGAAAGACUGACAACUCAAACCAAACAAGUCAAUCAGAAAUUGUAGGCAAACCAGUUUACUAUGACGUUAGGAUUGAUACAGGGCAAGAUGUGCAGACUGUGAGAUUAGGGUAUAAUGUAAUAAUUCCAUGUGGUAAAGCAUAUGUUGGAGCAAGAGAAGUUAGAUGGACUCAUAAGGGGAAGAACAUUGCUUCAAAGUGCAGAAUUGUCUCAGACGGUUCACUCUAUUUGUCAUCAUUCAGAGUUGUCGAUUCAGGUCUGUUUCAGUGUUACAUAAGACAAGAAAUUGAAUUUCAAACAACUAUCCAAGCAAUUGAGCCACCAAGGUUUUUGCGACCACUACAAACUGAUGCUGGAGAUGGGAUAAUCGGUCAACCAAUUACAGCAAACACAUCCGACAAUGUUAGAAUUCUCUGUCGUGGAUCUGGAUAUCCCAAACCUGUUGUUCUGUGGACAAUAGAUGGCGUUCAGCUGCCAUCUUCUUUGUAUUCUCAAGUAACUGUAAAGAAGGAUGGCUCUUUGAUAAUCAAACAUGCUCAAGUGUCAGACAGUGGCACAUAUAUGUGUACUAUUUCUAACUCAGCAGGGUCAUUAUUUAAGAAGUCUACUGUUGAGAUACAUUAUCAACUGUCUAAGCCUGUGAUUAAUAGAACAGUUCGACGUCAGACACAGUUAGAGAAGAAAAAAUGGGUUGCAUACAUUGGUGCUCAUAAAGCAUAUGUUAGAGCUAAGGGUACAUUGUUUAUUAAGUGCAAAGCCAGUGGCACACCAAAUCCCUCCACAAGUUGGGAAAGAGAUGGCUUGCUGAUUAGAAGGAGCAAGAGAAUACGUGUUCGGAAUAAUGGACAACUACGAAUUGGUGGAGCUACACCGGCUGAUAUGGGAACGUACACUUGCAUUGCAACUAAUAGCAUGGGCGAAGACAGGCAGGACAUAGAAGUUGUAUUGGAAGGUUUGCCAAAACCUCAGCUAGUAUCUCUAGAACAGGAAAUUGUCAACAACAUUAUUUCAAUUCCAGAAGGCAGUAUUGUUGAUGUUUACUGCUCAGUGCCAGCUUCAAAAUCUGAUGUUGAUAUGAAAUGGCUUAAACCAUCAAAUUUGAAUCUAGACAAUGCAAACAGCAAGUUGACAUCCCAAUAUCUUACGCUAGAAGGAGCAGAAAAUGGUUCUGGUGAGGGUAGAUAUACAUGCGAAAGUCAUAAUGCUGUUGGCCUCUCUGCAGUUUCGUUAAAUGUCAAAAUUGUACGACUUGCUUUUGUAACCCAUCCAAAAGAUGGCGUUUAUUUCAACAACAAUCUAGUAAAAAAUGCAGCAGUUGGAGUGCAAGUACCAACAGGCAUAAAGCUUGUGCUUGUCUGCAGUGGUAUCACUAAUCCAAAUAUUAUGUGGCGUAAAGACGGACUGUUUGUAUAUUAUUCACAAAACACAAAAGCAUUUGAUAUCACUUUGUCUCACAAGAAAACAGUUUCUACCAGCAAGAUGACUAUCUUUGCGACAAAGUUAUUUGACUCAGGAGAGUACACAUGUAUGAUGUCUAAUGGCUUUCUGACAAAGAAUUCAUCUGUGGCAAUAUCUGUUGGAGGCUUUCCUGUUAUACGAAAGUCAGAAGCACGUGUUAUUGAGUCUAAAGCUAUGAUUAGAAGCAGUGCUGGAGUAGAUGUUACAAGCCUGGUUGGUGAAACAGUCAUCUUGGAUUGCCCACUUGUUAACACUAAUUCGACUACCAUUGUCUGGAUGAAAAAUUACAAAACAGUAAACAUGGGACGCAAUGUAGAGAUGAUGAAAAAUGGAACACUUGUUAUGAGAAAUGCAUCGAUUUCAGAUGAGGGUGAGUUUACAUGUCGUGCAGAAAAUGAAGUAGGAUUUAUGGAGCAGACUGGCACAUUAAGAGUUCACAGAAAGCCCACUAUGUCUCUAAAAGAUCUUCGGAAAGUGAGGGACAGAUAUUAUGAAUAUGAUGCUAUCACAAACACAGAAGUGAAAAUACUUUGCAAUGCCAGUGGUUAUCCUCGACCAAAAUCUGUUUGGAAGAAAGGUCGGCGACUGCUAUCUGGAAGUGGACGAGUAAAGCUUAGAAGGAUUCAAGAGACGAUAGAAUUGGUUAUCUCUGACUUUCAGCUAGAUGAUGCGGGCACUUACAUUUGCGAGGCAGAUAAUGAAGCUGGAAUUGAACAACAAGAAGUGCAAGUGUAUGUUCAAGCUGGUAAUGAGGCAUUUAAUUUUGCUUAUCCAAACUUGACAGUAGCUACACAAAGGCUUCCAGGAUUUGGUUCUAGAGACAAAAGGGAAAGCUUACGUUGGACUGAAAUUGAUUCAUCGGGUCGUCUCACCAACUUUGAUGCUGAGGACAGUUGGUUUGAAGAUGGACCAAAUAAUGAGAUUUUGGUUAAUAGAGGUCAACGUCAGAAGAAAUGUACUAAUUAUGUGGAUGCUUCACUGUUGAAGUUGAGAAUGAGCAAGACAAAGCGAUCUGUUUUGGGCAAUAGUGAUGAUCGGACUAUUGUUCUGGACACCCAAUUAUGGCCACAUCGUGCAGCUGGUGUUAUUUCGUAUACAGAAAGAAAUUCAGUUGAGUCGUCAUUCUGCACAGGAACAUUAAUUAAUGAUCGGCAUGUUCUCACAGCUGGUCACUGUAUCACUGAUGGCCAAAAGAAAUUUUAUCACAACAUCGUGUUCUAUCCAGCUGCAAAUGGCAACUCUUCCAAUCCUUUUCCUUAUGGUCAAUAUAGCUGGACAAAACUGUAUACAGUUAAGGGCUAUCACGAUGGUGCUCACCCGGGGUUUGAUUAUGGUUUGAUUGUGCUGAACGCUUCAGUUGGUCACUACAUCACAUUCAGAGAGGCACAACCGACUAGUGUAGUGGAUGAAACUGUGACAUUAAAUCAAUAUCCGGUUGAUCGGCAAUACAACAUUGCUAAACCAACUAUGUGGCAGUCAACCUGCCCUGUUGGCUCUCCUCUUAUUCCUGGCAGUGAACUGGUUUAUGGUCACACUUGUGAUUCGGCAUCUGGUGCUAGUGGAGCAGGAAUGUACCUUCCAUAUGUCAACGACUCAGAUGUUGCCGUUGUCUUUGUUCACACAGGAGUAGGUACUUCAACUACCAACAGGGCAGUUGCUAUUGAUCAGGCAAAGUUCUUGCAGCUAUGUCACUGGAUAAAAAACUCUGGGGGAAUAGUCGAAAAUGGCAGCCCUUGUGAUGUUCGCACAAAGAAGAAUGAUACUGUUCAAACUAAGAAUAGCAACAGAAAAUGACUGAAAUUAUGAGUAGGUCAGACUAGUUUGGUUAGCAUGCAGUGCGUACGUGUUAUGUAGAAGCAGAAUGAAUAUGAUGACAGGGCAUUUGCUUAUUUCUUUGUUGUGGUUGUCAAACCCACGUCUUCUCUGCUUUCAUGGCAGCAUCAUACUAUUGAAAUUUGAUGAGCAGUCUGCGUUUGUG